UUUCUCUCCUUAGUCAUAACGUGAAAAAGAAACAAUCCAUUCUAGCCCCGCUACUUCCUUAUUUGUGUCUGUUCAUCACGAUAGCAUGUUUAAAAUCAUACUUGCGUUUUCAUUCUGUUUCCUAGUUUCCAAAAUCUUCUGCUUAUGGAAUCCCUGUUCAGAGAAUGAACAAUCAUAUCUGUUUGAGGAGAAAUGGGGCAAUUGGAAGAAGGCUGCCGGGGAAUGUGAAGAAGCAGGAGGAGCUCUAGCCACCGUCAUCAGUGAAAACUGUACACUCAGGAAUCUAAAUGAAAAUUUGACCUACUUCAUUGGAGGUAUGAAUUCACCCUCUGGAAACUGGACAUGGGUAGAUGGUACUCAGAUGAACCAGAAACAUUGGGCUCCACAGGAGCCGAAUGACUCUGGAGGAGUUGAGGAUUGUUUACAAAUGUGGUAUAGAAAUGAUAUAUAUCAUUGGAAUGACAUCUCUUGUGACAGCGCCAUCUAUGGCGGAUACAUUUGUCAGAAGAAAUCGGAGACUAGAACAAGCAUUUUGUCAGGAAUAAGUGAACAACCAACAACAAUAACAACAACAACAUCAAAAGAGACAACUAUAGAACGGAUAGGUACAACAGCUUCAUAUUGUGAUGACUUGCGACACCAAGAAAAACAUGUGGAUUGUCUACAAAACAUUGAAAAGAUUGAUGAAAUGGUUGAAUCAGUUCUUAGAGGAAAUCUAUCAGAGAAAGAAACACUACUAGCGAUUAAAAGUGCACUGCAGAAAUUUCAAGAUAUUUCUAUCAAAAACGAACCCACUCCUGAAGAUUUGGACAGAUCCAUCAACUUUUUAGAUAAAAUUGUGAAUGUUUCUAGGAGAUUUAAUGUCUCAAUCCCAAGAAAGGUGAUUGUGACAACAAUUGACAACCUUCUUGCUGACAACCAUAGUGUCGCAUGGCAGAACACAUCCACAAAACAGGCAAGUGCAAGAGUCAAUAAGAUAUUCAGAUUGGUAGACAAGGUUGGCUUGCAUAUCUUGGAGACCAUCAAAGAGAACGAAACCAUGAAAUUUAACUCAACGACAAAUAUAGUUUUAACAGUUGCAAAGAUUCCAGCAAAACAAAGUGUAAAUUUCCCUGAAAACAGUAGCAUGUUGGGAUCAUCACUAGUGUUUCCUGUGCAGACUCAACGAUUUAAUCAAAAUAUCGCGUACCUUGCGGUAAAAUAUAAUACACUUGGAAACUUGAUUAACGACAACAAUAGAAAUAAAAAACAUUCAGAAUACAAUAUUUCUCCUGAUAUCAUGUCAUUAACACUCCGUGACCCUUUAUUUGGAGAAAGACUAGACCCUUCUUUGCAUUUAAAGUUCUUAGAACACGGGAAUUCCCACAAAUUGAUCAGAGAAUGUGUAUUUUGGGAUUUUGAUCUCAAUAACGGAGAUGGUGGUUGGUCAACACGAGGAUGUAAAUUACUAUCUACAGAUGAUCUUUAUCUUCACUGUGAAUGCAACCAUCUGACGAAUUUUGCGGUACUGGUUCGACCAUACUCAAAGAUGCAAGAGGAAGAUAAGGCGUUGAGUUGGAUAUCUAUAAUUGGUUGUUCGAUAUCCGUGUUUCUCUCUUUGCUGACAGCCAUAAUUUACAUUGUUCUUUGGAAAUCUAUUACAUGUGACGUCAGCAGAAUGGUCAAUAAGAUCACGGUACUUCUCUGUGUCAGUAUUGCCCUGGCGUACACGAUAUUUCUGAUAGGAGUGGACAAGAUCCAAUAUAAGGUCGGAUGUACUGUGAUUACAGCAUUGUUACAGUAUCUGUUCCUUUUUGUUUUCUUUCUGAUGCUGGCCCUUGGAUUGUACUAUUUCAGUAGCAUUUCACUGAUCAAAAUAUCAUUUUCAAAAGCAACAACAUUUCAAAGUAAAGCUAAUUUCUUCGGCAAAAUCAUCUGGGGGAAUUGUAACUGUUAUGCCAGCGUUUAUAACCGCAGUAACAUUUGGAGUUGUAUAUUCAAUGAACAAAGACUAUCAUUCAAAGACCAGUUGCUGGUUAUCACUUGAAAGUGGGGCUUUGUAUGGUUUCGUUGGACCUGUAGCUUGCAUUGUCCUGAUCAAUACUGUUAUUGUCAUUAUCCUCUCAGUGACUCUUUGCUCGAUUGGAUUCUCCCCACAAGAUACGACAAAGAACAGGAUAAUGUAAGUCACUUUGGAUUU